AUGUUAAUUAAUCGCUGUUAUUAUCCUGAAACUCGUAAAGCAAUUGAUCAUUACAGUUAUGCUCUGAAUGAAGAAAUAGGAAGAGGGUUUAGUAGCAAAGUUUAUAGGGGAAGAGAUGAAAACAAUUAAAUGACUGUGGCUGUUAAAGUAUGAUAUAAAUUUGUAAGACAAGGUAAUUGAUAUGAAGAUGGUUAAACAGAGUAUUCACGCCACUUUACUAAAGAAUGAAAUAAAUGCUUUGAAAUCAUUUAACUCAAAGAACAUACUAAAAUUGUAUGAUGUUUUCUAAACACAGAAUAAUACAUACAUCAUAACAGAGUAUUGCGAUUCUGGGGAUCUGAGUGGUGUAAUAAAGAAGAGAGGAAGAAUAGAUGAGUCUGAAGCAUUGCGAAUCAUGAAUGAAAUAAUCACAGGAUUGCUGGAGAUCAAUCAAAAAGGUUACAUCCAUAGGGACAUUAAGCCAGCAAACAUUCUGAUAGAGAAGCAGACUCCAAAAAUAGCAGACUUUGGGUUUGCUGUCCAAAUAAACAGCAUGGAAGUCAAACAACAAGGGAGACAUUAUAAUGUAGGAACUCCCCUCUACAUGUCCCCACAAGCCUUGAGAUAAUAGGGCCACACCGAAAAAGGAGAUGUAUGGGCUAUGGGUGUAAUGUUCUUUGAAAUGCUAUUCGGACAAACCCCAUUUACAGCCCAGACUGAAUAGGGAUUGCUAACAGCUAUUUUGCAUCACCAUCUGGUCAUUCCUUCACAUCCCUCCAUAUCAGAUGCUUCCAAAGAUUUCAUCCGCAGAUGUCUUUGCAUCGAUGAGAACCAGAGAAUGAGAGUCAAGGACAUGAGCACUCACGCAAUCUAUUCACAAUACUCCCAACCCAUUUAUAAGCCCAUUCCCUUAUAAACCCAACAAUCAUCCAAUGUUCCCACGCCUGCAACCAGAACUCCCAUUAUCAACAAGGACAGGUCCCAAAGUCAGGGAAUUAGAGACUUCUAAUCCAGACCCAAGUGCCAAGUAAAUUGCGUUUAAUAUACUAGACUCAAAUUCAUAAUGAUAGCAAAGUAAGUAAGAGAUGUCCUUCGGAAAUGUAUCAUCUCCCUCAUCCACCUACAACUGUUAUUGAACCUCCGAUUUCAGAUCCGAUGAGAUCCAAAAGUCAAAAGCAAAUCACAGAAUCACGAAAAACCAUUACUCAAGAAAAUUAGUUAGAAAAAAGGAGUUUUAAAAAAAAUAACACUGUACUUUAAGAGUAUUUAUUCAAUUCAUCAUCAUAGACGAUCUAUUAAUGUGUAAACUCAGCCAUCUUAAAAUACUACGCCUGUUUAAUCACCCAUUAAGUUUAAGUCAAAUAAUGACAUACUAUUUGCCCAAAUCAACUAUUGUAGAUUUCUGUACAAAUUCUCAUAGCAAAUCAUCAAUUCAAGGUAGUUGACUUUAUCCAACGGUUUAAAAGAGAAGUUGUUAUUCUUGAUGGCUAAGAAUAUUGCCAUGAAGAUUUCUAAACUUCACACUAUCAUCGAUAAAGAGAAUUCCAAAGAUAACACUUUCUAACUUGAAGAUUUCGAUGUAUACAGAAAGGCUGAAUCAUUCCAGAAGUUUAGUUAAGCCAUUUCAGAAUACAAUGAAAACUAUAAGAGAUACUUUGAGAAGACCUAUUAAAUGAUAGUUAACAAAAGUAACAUCUUAUGUAAUUAUACACAGAUCUCCCUCAAGAUAAGAAAUUUGAGGCCCUGUUUGACAAAGACUUAAGCGAAUUUGAAAGUUUCUAUUUCAUUACUCAAUCCUAUUUAAGGCAAGCCUUGCAAGACAUGAAAAGUGAACUGCCAACCUCUAGUUCUGAUUUAGAUGCUUUCUUGCCUGAAGAAGUACUUUCUAUCUAUUAUUCCUAGUAUAAUUUUAGUUAUUUUGUGGGUCAGUAAUUGUGCAAUUAUUUGCUUAUCUGUCAUUGUACUCUCUAACACAUGAAUGAUUAUAAGAAAUUCUCAAAGAUGCUAAAAAUUGAUUAGAUGGUUGAUUAGAAACAAAAUAGAUGCACUUACAGACAAGUUGAAGAACUAAGAAGUAAAAUGUAGGAAUUGGUUACUAAGUGA